AUGUGGUGCAUCCAAUUUGAAGGCACUGUGUUGGAAAAACAGAAAUCCCAACCCAUGAUGCAGUCUACCAGAAGGCCCCGGGGGCGGCGCCUGGCCAACGCCACCUCCCCCGGAGGAACCACCAGCAGCCGGGGGAGCGCCCCUCUCGCGGGCCGCACGCCCCUCCUUCUUACCACACCUACCUGGCACCUCCCCAGCCCUCCUCCUCCAGGCAGUUCCUCACACUGGGAGACGGACACACAUAUAUCCUACCAAAAGCGCCGGCUUCUCCUCCGGCUUCCCACACCACUGAGGACGCUGGGGUCCCCGGCUCCGGCGGGGCGGCGGCGCCGAGUGCCGGACACACCGUCCCGCAGAGGCGCACCAGCCAGGAGUCCGGACGGCCCCCGCAGCCGCAGAAGGCACCGGCACCGAGGUGAGAGCCAAGACCCGCUGCACUUCCGCUCACGGGGAUCCAGAGAACACAGCCCGCAGCGCCGCGGAGCCCUGGAAGCCCACCGCAAGUCCAGUCACCCUCGGCGCCCGGAGAUGACGUCACGGGACCCCACGUGGCCCGCACUCCGCCCUCGGAGUUCGGCCCCACCCCGCGAAGAGGCUGGAGCCGCGCUUGAGCAUGCGCGAACGGGGCGAGAGCGUGAAUAGGAGAGCCACAACAGGAAUUAGUAGCCGCAUUUAACAGAAGACUGAAAUACCUGAAUACUGGAGCCCUCCCAUCCAUCCAAUUGUGCAUACCGUUAUCUUCCUGUUGGUGAAAGUAACAAUUAAUAAACUUACUCCUGAAGA